AGCUGCUGUAGUAGAAGUUGUGAUACUGCCUGUGGACUGUUAUACCAAACCCUGAACUGUUUUUCACAAACUUUACUGUGUCCGCAGCCUCUGUCAUCUCCUGUACUGUGAACUGCAGUCUCUGGUCAUCUCCUGUACUAUGUCCUCUGGUCAUCUCCUGUACUAUGUCCUCUGGUCAUCUCCUGAACUAUGUCCGCAGUCUCUGUCAUCUCCUGUACUGUGUCUGCAGUCUCUGGUCAUCUCCUGAACUAUGUCCGCAGUCUCUGGUCAUCUCCUGUACUGUGUCUGCAGUCUCUGGUCAUCUCCUGUACUAUGUCCGCAGCCUCUGGUCAUCUCCUGUACUAUGUCUGCAGUCUCUGGUCAUCUCCUGUACUAUGGCUGUAGUUUCUGGUCAUCCC